AUGCCAGAUAAUAACCAAGAUGAAGCUCCUGCCACUGGAGGCAGAAGAUCGUCUAGACCGAUGUCAUUGCCAGGCUCCCAAGGAGCCUCUAACUUCGACAAGGAAAAACCCAUUGAGCUGUUAAGAUUCAUUGACCAAAUGGAGGACUUGUUCACAGAGCAUGGUAUUGAUGAUGAUCAAGAAAAGAAGAAACAGUUAGAAAGGUAUACAGACCAAAUGACAGAAUUUGAAUGGCGAGCAUUUGACACUUUUGCUCCCGAAGUUGAAUACAAGGAGUUUAAACAGGCGUUGAUCGAUGACUAUCCAGAGGCAAAGAAUGCUGGAAAAGGAACACUAGCAAAUUUGAGAAAAAAUUGUAAUGACCAUCAGCGCAUUGAUAUUGAUGACAUUGUUGCACUUAAAAGCCUCACUAGAGGUUUCCGAGCAGAACAAAAAUUACUCUUGGUGCCACCUGCCUUGGUGAGCAACAGAGAAUUGGUAGAACUGUUUUUAGGAUGUCUAAGGGAUAGUUUCCGAGGACAAGUGGAAGGAAGUCUCAAUAUUAAAUUUUCCAAAGAUGAUAAAGGAAAAACUGCUGAAGGAAAAGAACGCCGUCCAGAGGAUCCAUAUGCUAUCCUAGAUGUAAUUGAAAUGGCUGAGACUAUUGCAGGACGUGCACAAGGGAUUAGCUCUUCAAGUGAUACCCAGGUUGGUGUCAAUGCGACAGAAACACGGACGACACAAGAGCAUCACACGCAUACUACGCCAGUACAUAGUGUUAAGCUAGAAGAUGAUAUCCGAGAAUUAAACCAGAAAGUUGCGUUACUCAUGGAUAAAAUUACAUUGAGUGAAAAAGCACAAAUGAGUGCCUUCCAAGCAUCUAGACAAGAAAUGAACAAAUUAACUGAGACGUUAAUGACCCAGCAUGUUACCUCAGCACCCACCAUGAGGCAGACACAGCCUACUUGGAGAAUGGGUUCAGACGGAUGCUGGUACUGUGAAGAAACAGGGCAUUUCGCGAUGAAUUGUCCUCAUAGGGAAGAACAUAUUAGAAUGGGAAAAAUUAAAAUGUUCGGUCAUAAGAUGUUUUUCGCGCUCACAGGACAACCAGUACCUAGAGGGACAAAUGGGAAGUCUGCUAAAAUGAUUGUUGAGGAAGCUAGCAAUAAAGAGAUGAUGGCGCAAAGCAAUAUGUUUGCAUUGCCUGGAGACAUUUACACCCAGAACAGUGGAGAGCCAGGUAUCGUCCAGUUGGGAAUAGAUGCUCGAGUUAAAUCAGUAUACACCAACCAGAUUAGAGAUUCGAGAGAUGAUAUGUUAGAUAAAAUGGCUACUCGAAUUGAUACACUGUUGGGUAAUAAGGUGCUGGCACAGGUGGCACGUCCAUUGGCACAAGAAGUUGACAUAGUCAACAAUAUGAAAAACAUUCUGUCAUAUUUUGAGGGACAGCAAGGUCAAGGUCAAGAAGCUGCAAGUUAUGUAGCUACUAGACACAGUCAAGCUGAUACUCAGAGACAGCAGGGUUUCUUGUAG